UUCUUGGACCGCUUAUCAGCCAAGGUGCAUGACAAGCCAUUGACCGCCGAGCAGGUCUCGGAGCUGUUUCAGGAAUUUUAUGAGCGCGCCGCAAGUCAUGUCGCUACCCACAUCGCUACACUGGCCUCGAAGAUUGGCCGCCAGACCCCGCCAGCACAGUCCAAGACGAAGGGAAGAUCCAGAGCAGGGUCAGGAGCCAAGAAGGUGUCCACGGAUAGCCUCUUCAGUCACGCAGAAAUGCUGACUGCCGACGAGGUGGCAGACAGGAAGAAGGCGAGACGAUUAUUGGAACAGAAGAGACUGGCGCUAGAAGAGGCUGUUGAGCGAGGCGUAUGUGAGAAGGUCUAUGACAAGAUCUGGCAGCAUCGGAGUGCCGAAGAUGAGGCGCGUGAUGAGAAGUUGCGUUCGCGCACGCAAUCGCUGGCCUUGGUGGGCAUUGGUUUGAAAGAGCUGCAUAUGGACAAUGAUCCUGCCACUGCCGAAAUCCGACGCACUGCGGAAGAGAAGGAAGAUGAGAUCAAUCACGCGCUAUCUGCUGCGAGAGAUGCCUUGCUGAAGAUGGAUGGGGAACACUACCCCCUCGGCAAGCUGCAGCAUCUAACGGCUGCGCACAAAGCCAUCGUUGAGACAUUGUCGCAAUUGUUUCCGUCAUCGUCAUCAGCAGAUGAGAUCUUGCCAACAUUGAUCUACACUCUGAUCACUUGUCCUGCGCAAGGGGUGAAUGCCGUGAGCAAUCUCGCAUUCAUCCAGCGAUUCCGAACGGCAAGCAAGGUGGACGGCGAGGCUGCAUACUGUCUUGUCAAUCUGGAAGCCGCCAUUUCUUUCUUGGAAACAGUCGACUUGUCCUCGCUACGAGCUGACGAGCUUCCGCAAGGCCCAGACGCGAAGCUGUCAAGCCAGCCAUCAACGCCUAAAACAGAGACGCCACCUUCUGUACCCAUGCCCACCAGCGCAGAGACCUCGACACCGAGUGUUACUGCAGCCUCAGCUACUGCUUCAGAUCAGAGCAAUACCUCAACCCCUGCAAGCAAAGCGCUCCUCUCGGCGCUCAUGGCUCAGCAGGCGGAACGCAUCGAGGCCGGGCGGGACAACUUCUUGAACGCAGCAGACAAAUUCUACGACUCCGUUAAUGGGACCUUGGACAACAGUCUGCAGUUUCUGCUUGGAAGAUUCAAGGAGGAGGCGGGUGAGACCAACGCCGCGCUGCCCAAGACACUCGAGGAUGCGAGGAAGCUAGUCUCACCCACCAGCGGUCCAGACGAUGAUGCAGACUCUUUGUCGAUAUCUGGGCGUAGCAGUCCUGGCCUCGAGGAUCCGCUCGCUGCUGGUGGCAAGUCAACAGAAAGCAACAAGAUGCUGGAACUGCUUGGUGGCAAGAAGCAGAUACGUGAGCGCAGUGCGGACAGCACACGAUCAGGGGGCAGUGGCAGACGUGCUGUCACUUUCGACUCCAAAACUGCUGCCGGAAAUGCUGCGGUCAAAGACAAGCCAAGCAACGGACCACCUGCACCAUCAGGCUUGUUCAACUCUAUCAACCCUUUGACCAAUCUAAACAAAUUCACAGUGCCCGCUUUUGUCCCGCGUUUUGGCCGUUCUGGAAGUGUGAACAGCUCAGCACAACCUCCACCGUCGCUACUUGAGACCAAAUCUGAUGUCCUCUCAACGACAUCGAAGCUUGAGAGAACUCGAAGCAGGGAUUCUUCGCUGGCUGUUGACGAGGGUGACGACUUGAACGCAAGAGAAGCUCUAGCAGAGCUGAGGAAGAUCAAACCGCCAAAGAACAGAUUCCUGAAUGUGGAAAGUGCCAAUCAAUUGAAGAUUGGUGAAGUGGAAGAGUUGCUCUUGGAGUAUCGGCGUUUGGCAAAAGCUAUAGGAGAAGCGAUU